AUGACCUCAACAGCAGAUGUCGUACUCAAGGUGGUGUUUUCUCUGAUGAUCGCUAUAAACUUCCUUGGAAAUAGUCUGGUCAUCGUGGUGGUCAUGCGCUAUCGAAGAAUGCAGACUCCAAUGAACUAUCUGUUAGCUCAUUUGGCAUUAGCUGAUCUGCUGUUCGCGGUUUUCUUCAUCCCGCGACGGUUAUUAAUCACUGAAUUCCAGCAUCCAAGUGGAUGGGUCGGAGACUUUUUGUGCAGGACAUUCACUCACGCAAACUUAUCUUGGGUAGCAUCAGUGGCAGCGGUGAUAACAUUACUAAUUAUUGCAUGGGAGAGAUAUCAUGCCAUUAUUCACCCGCACAAGAGCCUCGGCCGUCUGACGAAACGAAAGCUCAGGAAAUUGAUCAUAAUGACAUGGAUUUUAUCUUUCAUAUUUCUUCUUCCCGAAACUUAUGUAAUAAGUUACAGUGAUGAGAAAAAGGGGUGUGCUUUCUUUUUCCCUGAUUGGCUCGGUAAAGCUGAUUCAGUCUUAUGGCUCUUUGCUAUAGGUCUCUUCCCGCUAUGA